AUGAAUAACUAUUGGUUUCAACCCUUCUGUUGUAUGAUUGUUGGAUUUCUAAUAUUAACCAGUUAUACUAAUUGCAUGGACUCUAAUGAUGAUUCUUCAGAGAUUAGUGCAGAUAAACGUUUUCUGUUAGCUUUACCAACACCUAAAAGGUUAAGCCAACCUUCAUAUACAUUUAACCGUUACAGACGUCCAAUGUAUGACUAUAGGUAUAA